AUGGCCGAACAAAAGAACAUAGUGGUGAUAGGAGCCGGUGUUGCAGGCUUGACAACGGCUUUGCUGCUGUCAAAGAAUCCAAACUAUAGCAUUGUGGUGGCUGCAAAGGACAUGCCUGGCGACUAUAACAUAGAAUAUGCUUCUCCUUGGGCUGGAGCGAAUUACAUGCCUGUGUCUGUACGAGGCACACAGCUGGCAGAAUACGAUAAGAAUACAUGGGGUCCGCUCGAAGAUCUAGCUCGAAACCAUCCAGAAGCAGGGGUUCAUUUCCAGGAGUGUGAAAUUCACAGUCGCUCUAAAGAUACUGGCACUGCGACGGCGGAGUGGUUCGCGGAGCUAUUGUCCCCAGAUCCUUGGUUCAAAGACGUUGUGCCGAACUUCCGGAAAUUGAAGCGCUCAGAAUUAGGGCCGGGAGUAGAUCAAGUCACUGCGUUUACAUCCGUCUGCAUCAACACAGCGAUAUAUUUGCCUUGGCUCGUUUCCCAAUGCCUUAAGCGUGGUGUGGUGUUCAAACGCGCAGUUUUCAAACACAUAUCUGACGCCACUUCGCCACAGCUCCAUCCCGGGAAGAAAGUUGACUUGGUAGUCAAUUGUACCGGUUUAGGCGCGUCUCGUCUAGGUGGGGUCGAAGACAAAACAGUUUUUCCUGCUCGCGGACAAAUUGUUGUAGUUCGCAACGACGCUGGCAAGAUGAUGGAUGUUUCCGGCACAGAUGAUGGUGAUGAUGAGGCUUGUUAUGUGAUGACCCGCGCUGCAGGCGGAGGCACUAUAUUAGGUGGAUCAUAUCAGAAAAAUAAUUGGGAAUCGCAGCCUGAUCCCAAUUUAGCUGUCCGAAUUAUGCAACGAGCGAUCAAGCUGUGUCCUCAACUGACGGACGGCAAAGGAAUUGAACACCUAGACAUAAUCCGUCACGGAGUUGGGCUUCGACCCGUUCGCGAAGGAGGCACAAGAGUUGAGCGAGAGUGCAUAGAUGGGAUUCAGGUCGUCCACAACUACGGCGCAGGUGGAGCAGGUUAUCAGUCGUCAUAUGGGUGUGCAGCAGCGGCUGUCAAAUUGGUGGACGAAGCUUUCCUCCCAAAAGCCAAAUUGUGA